ACCCUUUUGUUUUACUUCAUCUGGAGGAUAUUUUAUUUAUAAAAACCUUUAUCAUAGCAAAUGGGACAUUUCUUUCAUCAUUUUAAAAAUAUAUUAUAGAAAUAUAAGAAAAAGUUGAGUUUUGCUGUGUUUAAAAAUUAUUCAAAUUUUUUUAUCUUUUCUACGAGGCAAAGUGUCAUGUCAAGGACAACUUGCGGUUUACACACAUACAAGUGUUUAUUGCUUGGAGAUACUGGAGUUGGAAAGACCAGUUAUUUGAAGCGCCUAAAGACCGGGGAGUUUUCAUCUACCGGCGGUGCUUUUAAAGGUGCGAUGCCAUUGAUAUUUUGUACAGAUCGCGGAAAUAUUUGCUUAAAUAUAUUGGAGGUUAGUCUCAAAUACAGUGCGGAUAUUUUAGACAUCAACGACUUUGAUUGCGUUGCCGUUAUGUGUGACAUAAGCAGUCAGGAUCACUGCAUGAUAUGUCGAAUGCCAUUGUUUCUAGUCGAUACCAGUAUUCGCAUACCAACAGUGCUCAUUGGCAACAAGAGAGACGCGGUCGAUAAUGGUUUGGAUAUCGAGGACUCACAUCUUAUGCCUUAUUUCGAGAUGUCUGUGAAGCAGAAUUUGAAUAUUGUUCAGCCAUUUCAAUGGAUAAUACGUAAGCUGCUAAAUGAUGACAAAAUUAUGUUUGUUGAGGAAUAUGCUCCAUGGCCACCAGAACCUAAUCCCUUGAUAGACAAUGAAAUUCAAGAACCGUUAGUGAGUAACUGUCAAACAGAAUUGUCGGAAAACAAUUGGAUGCUUGAUGUGGCCUAUACUUCUCCUCUACCAGAGGAUAAUGAUAUUUGGUCUUUAUAGAUAACAGCUGACCAUAUCAGGUCUGCCUAUGACUGAGGAGCCAUGAACCUAGUUUUCAUCUAAAAGCAGGAUCCCCGAAACGUCGAUAUACUCAUUAGUUGUUGAGUCGACAAAAUGGUAAAACCAACAGUGUGAUCAGGGGAUCGAGAGUGCGCAUUCUUGCUAUGCUCAGGUAUCGUCGGAUUGGGUCUGUGUUCUUUCUUUCCUCUAACUCACUAUCAUUAAUAAAUUUAAUGCGCGUUAAGGAAACUAAAAUAACUAUCGAAAGUUUAAGUUGAUGUUACUAUUAUUACUAUUGCUAAG